GAGAGGAGAAAAAUCAAAUCAUUUUUAAUCAAUCUUCUGUUCAUCUUCUUCUCCCUUCAAAUCCACCUUUUAAUUGAAAAUCCUCUGAAGCUCUAGAUCUUCUCCGGUAAUGGCAGACACCAAUUCCAUCUCAAUUGUUGAAGUUGGACCUGUUCCCCAACCUCCUUGUCUCAGAAAAGCUGAGGUUCCGUGGAUGUCCACUCUCGGGAAGGAAAAUCUGUCAUAUGAAGAAUGUGUCUUGAGAAAAGUUAGAGGUAUAUUGAACAAGCUGACGGUGGAGAAAUACAAACUUCUGAGAGGCCAGCUUAUUCGUUCAGGGAUCACAACCCCAUACCUCUUACGCCAGGUUGCCUCCCUGAUAUUUAAUAGGGCUGUGACAGAGCCAACAUUUUGUCCGUUGUAUGCUUUUUUAUGUUCUGAGUUGUGUCAGUACCUCCCAUCAUUUCCUCCGGAUGAGCCUGGAGGAAAAGAAGUCAGGUUCAUGCGUAUCCUCAUGAAAUAUUGCCAGGAAGCUUUUGAAGGUGGAAAUAUGAUGGCUGCAGAGAACAAGGAGCAUAUUAUUGCUGGUGCAUCUGAUCAAGAUUUUGAGUGCACAUAUCAAGAGAGAAGACGAAAUCUUGGAAAUAUACAGUUUAUUUGUGAGCUUUCAAAGCAGAAAAGAGUGUUUCUGAGGAUUGUGCAUUUCUUGCUUAAGCAUUUGGUGGAACAAAAUGUUGGUGUCGGGGUUAAUGUUGAGGCGGUAUGUUUGUUACUAAACACAGUUGGUAAGCAGUUAGAUGAGUUCUCUAACGAGUCCCGUGUAGUCAAUGAUACUUACUUUGUACGUCUGGAAGAGAUAUUUGAUACGCACACCGAAUUGGAAACACGAGUGAAGUACAUGCUCCAGGAUGUUCUGGAUCUCCGGUCAAAUAAUUGGGUCCAUCCAAGACAUAAAGUGAAAGCUAAGACCAUUAGUGAGUUAAUCCGUUGUUCUGCGGCAGAGGUUCUUGCGCGCCUCCGUCUAGGUGCAAGUACUACUACGAAUAUGACAAUCCUGGUACAGGACGAUUCAGCUCCCUGAGUUGACCAAGUUUCGACCAUUUCUGAUAUAAUGUUGAUUCGGAAAAUAAUGUCGCUGGAUUCGGUAGUGGCGAUUUGGAGUUGUCAUCAGCGACAACAGGUGAUUAGUUCUGGCGCUGCAUAUGUGCGAGUGAAUUUUUGUUUACUAUAUUUCUUUUUCAUUACGGUGAACAACUUCUGUUAUCUGAUGACAUUCUAGAGCUACUUGGUGGUCAUAGUCUGGAGUUCACUUCUGACAUUCUGCUACAUGAUUCUGUUAAGCAUUGUUGUAAUCCCAAGGACUGCAGUUGGAUUAGCCUCCUUUUGAGUAUGCAGCAUGUGAUCUAAUGCAGUUGAGAUGAUUAAUAUUUAAAAUAAAAUUUCCAGAAGUUUUCUAUUAGACAUUCACAGUCUUGCUACUUUAGAUAAGGUUGGGAGUGAAUAUUUGGGUGGAAAUAGACUAUUUCUUUGUCUUUACUCUUGAGAAGAGAAUAAAUUUCUUGUCGGUUUAAGUAAGGGUGAAUCAUAAGGAUAUCUGAUUUUUUUUUUAAUUCCCACUAGACACCCCUCACUUUCUCUUCAUUUUCCUCCAAUUCAACCUCUUUAACCCCCUGGAGCUCGAAAUCUUCUCUGGUAAUGGCAGACAGUACUUCUGUUUCAAAGGUACGUCUUGGACCUGUUCCUCCUCCUGGUCUCAUGAAGGCUGAGGUUCCGUGGAUGUCCACUGUGAGGAACGGAAACCUGCCAUACGAAGAACGUGUAUUGAGGAAAGUUAGAAGUAUAUUGAACAAGCUGACAGUUGAGAAAUACUAUAUUCUGAGAACCCAACUUAUUGAUUCAGGGAUCACUACGCCGUCUAUCUUACAAGGGGUUACGUCUCUGAUAUUCAGCAAGGCUGUGAUGGAGCCAACAUUUUGUCCACUGUACGCUUUUCUGUGUUCUGAACUUUCUGUUUAUCUCCCAUCAUUUCCUCCAGAUGAGCCGCAAGGAAAACAAAUCACUUUCAUGCGUAUCCUCUUAGAUAUUUGCCAGGCAACUUAUGAAUCAGCAAAUUUGAAGGCAGGAGAGACCAGGCAACAGAUUAUGACUGGCGCCUCUGAUGAAGAUUUGGAGUAUGGCUGCAGAGAGAAAAGGCGAAGUCUUGGAAAUAUACGAUUCAUUUGUGAGCUGUCGAAGCAGAGAAGAGCGGUUCUGACGAUUGUUCGUCUCAUUCUUAAGCAUUUGGUGGAACAAGAUGAUGUUGAGGUGAAUGUCGAGGCAGUAUGUUUAUUACUGAACACAGUUGGUAAGCAGUUGGAUGAGUCCUCCAGCAAGUCACGUGUUACUAAUGAUGUUUAUUUUGAUCGUCUGAAGGACCUGCUGACAAUACAUCCUCAACUGGAAACACGGCUUAAGUUCAUGAUUUGUGAUAUUCUGGAUCUUCGAGCUAACAAUUGGGUCAACCCAAGGCACCCAAAUCAGGUGCAAGACAAGGCCAUCAAUGAAUUAAUCCGUCCUUUGGAGGUACAAAAGAAACUCGGCCGCAUCCGCUUUGCAGAAAGGACUACAGACUGGAAGAAAUCUAUAUUCACGGAGAUUUCACCUCGUUAACUGACCUUGCACCACCAUCAGCGGUACAAUAGAGAUUGGGGAAAAGGAAACCAGGAUUGAUAAUGACGGCUUAAGAAUUUCCUUGCAGUCAGUGGCAACUAGUGAUGCUGUUUCUGUUUGUUUUUUCGUUUACUGUUUUUUAGUUUUGAUGAAGAACUUUCUACUGCGUCCUUCCCGUAGAACUUCUGCUUCUGUAUUCUAAGUAACUGUUGUUGGGUGUGCACUUGUAAAGUUGUUUUAUGAUAUGGUUGUGUUAGUUCAAUGUAAAGUCUGGUCAUAUGAAAAAUGUAAUAAAAUGAGAGAUCUGACAAGAAGAAAUUUCUUUGUA